GCUAGCGCUCUUUCGCUUGCAACACCAGCGAGCCAGCUGUCAAACGAUCUCCCGUGUAGACGCACUUCUUCUUGUGUUUUUAAAACUUCGUUGCCUUGUGUGGACGUGAGGCAGUUCAGUUUUGUUUAAGCCCAUCUCCCGUGUGUGUCUGCCGUCAUCUCCUGGUUUUUCUAUUACCUGUGCCCUUCACUCGCCCAACAGAGGGGGCACUUCCUGUCCGUGAAGACCUUUCUAUUGCAUUGUUUUGUUUAGCUUUUGCCCAGCGCUUCAAUCGGUACUACAGCAAAGAACAAUUGUUGCGUGUGCGUGUGUUGUUGCUCGAUAGAGGGUGUGCCUGCCCCAUCGAUGGAAUUCCGCCAGUCUGUUGCAUCGAAUCUAUUCCUGUUAGUGUGAGGCGAUAGGCAUGUAUCCAAGCUUCAAUCACAAUGCGCUUCCAAUGAUGGUUUUAGACUUGCAGUCAAGAAGUGCAGUAAGAAGCAGCCUGUGAAGCACGUAGAGACGUGCACAAACAACAAAAAACAUACACCGGAACAAGGAACAGACACGCACUCAAGUUACAACAGCAAACAAAAAAAAACUUACACGCACACAUUUAUACAGCCUGUUAUCGCUUAUCGGUUUAUUGUGUUCCCUAGUGCGUGGACAUAGGGACUCCAUCUCUUUCGUGUCAAAGCGGGCUGCAGGCACUCGCGCUCCCGCAACGACGAUCGCCAGCCGAUCGGAACGAAACGACGACGACCGUGACACAGGGCGACCCAUCUACCCGGUGGGACGAGGUGCGUUGGUGAAACGGACGGGGAAAAAUCGGGAAACGGCUGGGCGAGAAAGUGGCACUGCAACUGGUCGUCGUGUAGCAGUGGUGUGUGUUUCUGUGUGUGAUUCAUCCCCUCCCCUCCCUCCCCCCCCUGCACGACGUUCGGCGUCAUUAUUUCCGGUUACGUUUUUCGCAACUUCGAAACUUCACUUUCACAUUAGCUUCGUGCGUCGUAUUUGCCACGCUCUGUCACCGUCUUGCCGCGCCUGGCCGCGAUAGUACCAACACCCCACCAUUCCACCUCAAAGGCAACGAUCAAUCACGUACAGCUUCCAUCAACUGCCGUUUGCCUUGCAUCGGAUGCGCUUUGUUUUUUUUUUGACGAUUUCACAAACGUGCACCAGUAGCUUCCGGAUUCAACGAUGGCACAGUGCAGGAUCGAUUUCGGCGAGUGUCUCAAGGAUUCGCCCAAGUUUAGGUUGCGGCUGGAGCAGGAAGAGGCGGAAAUUGAGCACCUUGAGUCACGGUUAGAGAAAAUCAUCAAGGCAUGCAGUGCGGCUGUCGACAGCGGCAAGGAGUACAUCCGGCACCAGAGCACGUUCGCUACCUCGCUGUGGGAUCUGCAGAAACACUUCCAGGACAGCAAAAACUCUACCAAUGCGCUCGCCCAGCUGAUACAGCUGCUGCAGGAGAUGAACAUGUUUCACACGACGCUGCUGGACCAGGCCAACCGGACGGUGCUGAAGAAUCUGUCCGGGUUUUUGAAGCGUGACAUCCGGGAGGUGAAGGAGUAUCGGCAAAUCUUUACCAAGGUGUCGGAGAAUCUGGAUGCGGCGGUUUACAAAAACUCGCAGGUCAGCCGUAACCGGCCGACCGAUGUACUCGAGGCGGAGAACGUGCUGUCCGCGUCCAAGUCCUGCUUUAACCAUACCGCGCUCGACUACGUCAACUACAUCACGCUGCUGCAAAACCGGAAGCGGCAUGAGAUAUUGGGCACGCUGCUAAGCUACCUCAAAGCGUGCAGCACCUACUUCCACCAGGGGUCGGAUCUGUGUGAGGAUUAUGGGACGUUCUUCAAGAGCCUGGACGACGAGAUCGGGCUGAUGCGCACCGAGUACGGUGUGCUGGACAAGCAGAUGCAAAACCGGCACACGUGCGUCAAUGACUCCCGGGCCGAUCAGCAGUCGGACGCAUCGGCCGAGUUGGCGGUUGGUGGUGCCGAGGGUGGAGAUGCCGCCGGUGCCGAUGACGGGUGGCGAAUGACGAGCGUGCCGAACUAUAUGGAAGGCUAUCUGUUUAAGCGUACCUCGAACGCGUUCAAAACGUGGAACCGGCGGUGGUUCUGCAUGCGCGACAAUCAGCUCUUCUACCGCAAGCGUACCGGCGAGGAGCUGCCGACGGUGAUGGAGGACGAUCUGCGGCUCUGCACCGUGCGUCUGCUGAUCGAUUCCGAUCGACGCUUCUGCUUCGAAGUAAUCUCACCGACCAAAUCACACAUACUGCAGGCGGAUUCGGAAGCGAUGAUGAUGGCGUGGAUAAAAGCGCUACAGAAGGGUAUCGAUUCAGCUAUCCAGCACAGUGCCUAUAGCAGUGACAUCCGCUGCUUGGCGAGCGGGGUUGUUGGUGGUGGAGAAGGCACUUCCGGCGUGGGUAGACGGGGUCCGGGUGGAGGUAGCUCCGCUGGUGGAGGUGUAGGUGAUGGUGGCCGGGCGGGCGAUCCAUGGAUCGAUGCGGGCAGUAGUGGCAAUGAGCGCAGCGGUCCAAGCCGUGCCUCGGACGGUGCUCGAAAGGGUUACAAAAAGAUCAACUGGACGCAGAUGCUAAAGAUUCCGGGCAAUUCGCGUUGUGCCGACUGUGGCAAUACCGAUCCGCGCUGGGCAUCCAUCAACCUGGGCAUUACGCUGUGCAUCGCGUGCUCGGGUGUGCACCGCAGUCUCGGCGUACACUACAGCAAGGUGCGCUCGCUGACGCUGGACGCGUGGGAACCGGAGAUACUGCGCGUCAUGAUCGAGCUGGGCAACGAUGUAAUUAACCGCGUGUACGAGGGCAACAAGACCCGGCUGGCACGAUUCGACCGCGCGACGGAUAAUUGCGAAAUUGCGGUGCGCGAAGCCUGGAUCCGGGCCAAGUACAUCGACCGGCAGUUUGUGGUGCCGCUGGGUGGCGCUGCCGGUACCGGGCCGGACGAUAGCAGCACCUCAUCGUCGAUGCUGUCGUUCAAGAGUCUCGGUGCGGACAGUUCCAAGUUUCCGGAGAAGUGGAGCAUCAAGAAGCUGCGCCGGCGCAGCUAUCGGCAGUUUCUGCGGCGCAAAAAUUGGGAACGGGCUCAUCCGGAAACACGCCCCUAUGUGCAGAUUACCGAUCUCGACGACGAUGGGGAGGACGAGCACGAGAAGGAGGAGGAGGAGGAGGAGGAGGAGGAAGACUAUGACGAGGAGCGUGGGGCGGAGAGCAGCCGCACGCAGCAGCACGGUUGCCCAGAUGCGGACGAGAAGGAUGUGCUGGCGCGCGUACCGAAACAGUUCGCCGAUAUACUGCUGAUCGGCGACAAUCUGCUGACGGACGAUCAUAACCUGCUGGACGAGGAUUUGCUGCUGCUCAACUCGGACCACGAGUCGACGAGCGGCGAGGAGGAUAACGCCAUCAUGGCGUGCGAAGAGCUCGAGCGGCUGUCGCCGAACUAUUUGCUGUACAAGGCGGCCAGCGGUCACAAUCUGCCGGUGAUGAGCCAAGCGCUCGCACUCGGCGCCGACAAGUGCUGGGCGAAUCCGCACGACGCCGACAGCACACCGCUGCACGCCGCCGUCCUGUCCGGGUCGGUAAUGUCGUGCGAGUUUCUGCUGCUGAACGGUGCCCCGAUCAACGCAACGGACCGGUACGGGCGUACCGCGCUGCAUUUGGCCGCCGAGCAGGGUUCCGCCGCGCAGGCGUACCUGCUGCUGAAGCACAAGGCACGGUACGAUAUCGUGGACGUGCACGGCCGGCAGCCGAUCGACAUUGCGGUGGAGAAUGAGGACGCGGACAUAGUGACGCUGUUGCGAUUAACGCAACUGAACGAUGAGAUCGGUUCCGGCGAGGACGGGGAAAGCUAUUCCGGGGACGAUUCGACCUAUCUGGCGGUGAUGAACGAGUUCUCUGACUUGGCGAGCAAUCAGCCCCAGCGGCUGCAGCGCUACCGUCAGCAGCAGCAACAACGACAGGCGCUACCGGUCACCGAAUAUACGCACCCGAUCGUGACCGAUUUGGACGCACCAGACACGGACGGCACGGUGGUUGAUAGGAGUGUGACGAGCGAUCGGUCAGCGUAGUGGGAACGCAGUUUUCCUCUUCAUACACACACGCGCGCGCGCGCGGAAACACGCACGAAUCUCUACCGAAGUCGUCGGAGCAAAUCUAUUACGCCCUACUAAACGCAAACAGAUACACCGAAGACGACACGCAAACAAGCAACAAGCUUUACAUGUUUCUUUUUUUUUUUUUACAAAACAGAGGUGGGCCAAGUUGGACCUGGUCGUAACUAAUUCCAUUUAUAUUAGAGAGAAGGAGGGCAAAUUAUCUUUUACCUGUUAGGGAUACGUUGGCAGACCUGUUCAGAGGUAGUAGUUAGAAAAUUUGGUGUCCGAAGAGGGCGAUUCAAUUGCUGCCGUAUUUGCUCCCCUUACUCUAAGGGUUCUGUGUGUCUGUAUUAGUUUUCGCAUUCCCGCCGAACGCUGUUAGUAUUGCAUUUGUCCCUCCAUCUAUCGGUUGGAAAAUUUCCAUCUCAAUGAGCAAGAAUCUGUAAGGGGAUAGUUGGUUCGUUUGUGUGUGUGUGUGUGUGUGCAGGAGGAGAAGGAUAUUUAAUAGUAUUAGGUUUCAUAUACUGUAUUGUAUUGUUUGCACUUAACACAUAAUCCGUUUAAUUUGCACAAUCAUCGCUCACGGACAACCUACGGGACCACAUAUGCUAGGGUAAUAUCGGACCGGAUGGAUUGUGCAGAGCAGAUGUAAACCGACUAACUCAAUCCAAGUGUCCUUUAAGUACACGCCUUAAUGCCGCCACUCGCGCUACUGUUACGUUCCCGUUGUUAUUACCCGCCUUCUUCCUCUUCUUCUUCUUCUUCUUUUUUCGAGGAAGGCGGUUUAUUUUCCUGCUAGGUUAUAUACACAUACAUACUAGAAAUUAGCUCCUAUUUACCUCAUUUCGGCUACUAUCCGCCCUUCAACUGUAAGCAAAAACCCACCCCAACGGUAAACGCGGUAAACAGCGGCGUGGCCACACACCACAGCCUUAAAUCUUCGAAAUCUCGAGUUGUUAAAACGAUUACAAACGGACAGAUGUUAUACUAAUCUUGCACCAAAAACUAUACGUGAAAUAAAAAGUGACCAAAAAACAAACUGGAAACUGCGAAA